GAACCGGCUACUUGAGUGCUCAAUGUUUUUGGUACACGAUUUUUUCGAGUGCGAUGGACACCAGUGAUGGCAUUAAUGCAAGUGUCCGCUAAAUGUUUUUGUGGAAUGCCCCUUUGUGAUUUUUUGUGAAUAAUUGUCUUGCGAAUCCAUGCGCACACAAUUCUGCGUCCCCUUCGAAUAUAGUUAGUUUGUAAUGUCGGAGCAUCAUUCCGGAGGAUGGGGCUCCCGUUCGGAUCAGGGGAUGUGGUGGAACCCCGAUCAGCAAUCGCUUCAUCAUCAGCAGAUGAUGCAGCACCAAGCGCAGCAGAUCGCUCAGCAGCAACAUCAAGAACAGAUUUUAGCGGCUAGCACUGCAGCAUCUCAGUCUCAACAGCUGUUUUCUUAUAAAAUGGCCAAUAGUUUCGAGAACUCUCAAAUGCACGUUUCAAAUGUGCACAGUACGUCGCCUGUAGGGGCGCAGGGGAUUCGCGAAUAUGAUUAUAGACAUGGUGGUGGCAAUCCCACGAUGUCAAUGCCUUCCCCGGCAGCGCAGUGGUGGUAUCCUCCAUCUACGAUGGAUAACAUGCAUUCAUCCAUGUUAUCACAUCAGCAACCCCCACAACAGACUAUGGCACCUGUACAGUCACCCUCGCCUACGCAGUCAGAAGCUCAAGCUAGAUUAGAAGAAGCACACCGGCAGCAACAGCACCAAGAAGCCGUUCAGAGGCAUCAAGAGGCUCAGACUCAGCAGAACGAAGCUAUUCAUAGAUACCACCAAGAGCGACAGCGACAGGCCGAAGCUCAACACGCCGCUCUGCAACAUCAUCAGGCACUGGUAGAUGCACAUCAGCAGAGGCAUCAUCAGCAACUGAACAACCAUCAUUCACCACACCACCAAUCGAUUUUGCAUCAGCAACAGAAUCAACAACAGUUAACGCCAGUAGCUACUAAAGGCAGAAUGCCGCGUGCUAAAGCCGAUGCAAGGCCGAGAGGGCGUAUGACCGCCUACGCAUUCUUCGUGCAGACAUGCAGGGAGGAGCAUAAGAAAAAACAUCCAGAAGAGAACGUCGUGUUCGCUGAAUUCUCUAGGAAAUGCGCCGAUAGGUGGAAGACAAUGUUGGACAAAGAAAAGAAGCGCUUUCAUGAAAUGGCUGAGAACGAUAAGAAGCGUUAUGACUCCGAAAUGCAAAAUUACAUACCCCCUAAAGGAGAGAAAACUAGAGGAAAGAAGAGGAAACAAAUCAAAGAUCCAAAUGCACCUAAACGUUCUCUGUCGGCGUUCUUCUGGUUCAGUAAUGAUGAGCGUGGUAAAGUCAAGGCACAAAACCCUGAGUAUGGAGUAGGGGAUAUAGCUAAGGAACUUGGUAGAAGGUGGGCAGAUGCAGACCCUGAAACCAAGGGCAAGUUUGAAGCUUUGGCAGACAAAGACAAACAAAGAUACGAAAGAGAGAUGACUGCAUACAAGAAGAAGAAUAAUCCAUCAAUGCAAGCCCAGCCCGCACCUGUACCUGAAAAUGAUGAUGAAGGAGAUGAUGAUGAAGUGGAGGAUGAAGAAGAUGAUUAAGUGGUGAAUAAGACCUUUCAUCGUUACCUCAUUUUUAGCAACGCCUUCAUUUCAUUCCUUAAAAUGUACAUAUGAUUAUAUACAUGGCAGUGUUUUGUGUUCUUUUUACCUGCGUCGUCUAUGUGUACUUACAAAUAAUGAGAAAUAAAAUUAUCGGUAAAGACAGAAUAAGUGCUAGUGGAACAACUUCCCGAAAUAGGAUCAACCGUCAUAGUAAAGAAAUCAAUACAGUGAUGUUCAUUGCCAUAACACAAGCCCUAAGUUUCCAUAAACGAAUUCAUCUAUUAUUUGUGUGUGUGAAAUGUUAGGUUAUAUGAUUUCCUAGUUGCAUUGUGAAAAUGCAACUUUUGUGAAUAAACAUUUUAUUUUCCGUUUUGGAAUUUCAAAUAUGUAAUAUUAUAAUUUUUAUGAUUUGAUGAUAAGGAUCAGAAGAUUCACAAUUGUAUAUUAUGGAUAGAAUUGACCAUUUUUAUUUAUUAGAAAUUUAUAAUGAAUAUCAUUUCUAUUUUAUUAUUGACUUUAUGAUUUACAAUUUUUUAUUAUUGAUUCUUAUGAAGAUUGUUUUAGGGAAAUAAAAUUUGAUCAUGUAAAAAUAAUUGAAAUUUAUUAUUCAUAAACUUAAAGUUGAUCCGUUAUUAUUAUAUUGAUGAAUCUUAAAUUAAUGAUUAAUAAAAAUUUGAUAACAAA